UCUAUCUGCACCCGACGCCAUCUUGGAAACCCCCUGAACCAGCAGCUGGUUAUCUGAGACCCGUCAAUAUGGGAUUAAAAAACAAAGAACAGAGCUAUUAAUUCUCUUAGAGAGUGUAGGCCAACACUGAAAAGGAGAAGGAGGGUACUAAGGAGUGCUUUGCACCCCACCCCGAAGACGGAGUCCUGUCAGGAGAGAGAGCAGUCUAGUCUAUAACAUUAUAGCUAGGCAGCUAGAUUAGCUAAAUUACAUGUCUGUCCGCCGAAUUUGACUGCACUGUACCCCGCACGGGAGGAAGGGUGGUUACGGCACAACAUGCAAAACCGUUAAAUUACUACGGAAACCCAUUUUUUAUUUUGCAAAAUUACCGUGACGUUUUAGUGGUCAGUUUAACACCUGAACGGAGAGCUACGCCCGAAUUCUCUUGAUAGACUACCAUUGAUAGCUAGCUAUCUUGCUAGCUAAUUGAACAGAAAUAUUUUAGCUAGUAGCUAAUCGAAGAUGACAUCAAAUUGUACCAUCGUAGCACCAGUGAGCGCCAGCAAAACGAAGACAAAAAAGAAACAUUUUAUAGGCCAGAAAGUGAAACUAUUCCGAGCGAGCGAGCCUAUUCUCAGCGUUUUAAUGUGGGGUGUCAACCAUACGAUCAACGAGUUGAGCAACGUGCCUGUCCCAGUCAUGUUGAUGCCUGAUGAUUUUAAAGCUUACAGCAAGAUCAAAGUAGACAACCACUUAUUCAACAAAGAAAACUUGCCAAGCCGUUUCAAAUUCAAGGAGUACUGCCCCUUGGUGUUCCGCAACCUGAGAGAGAGGUUCGGGAUCGACGACCAGGAUUACCAGAACUCUUUGACAAGGAGUGCGCCUCUGAACAGCGAUUCCCAGGGCCGUUUUGGCUCCCGCUUUCUCACAACCUAUGACCGCCGCUUCAUCAUCAAGACUAUAUCCAGUGAGGACAUUGCUGAAAUGCACAGCAUCCUCAAGAAGUACCACCAGUUUAUUGUGGAGUGUCAUGGAAGCACUCUGCUCCCCCAAUUUUUGGGAAUGUACCGGUUGACUGUGGAUGGGGUGGAGACAUAUAUGGUGGUGACCCGGAAUGUAUUCAGCCAUCGGCUCAGUGUCCACCGCAAGUAUGACCUGAAGGGUUCAACAGUAUCCAGGGAAGCCAGUGACAAAGAGAAGGCUAAAGACCUCCCCACUUUCAAGGACAAUGACUUCCUGAAUGAGGGGCACAAGCUGCAGAUUGGAGAUGACAACAAGAAGUUCUUUCUGGAGAAGCUGAAGCGCGAUGUAGAGUUCCUGGCCAUGCUGAAGAUCAUGGACUACAGCCUGCUGGUGGGGAUUCAUGAUGUGGAGCGGGCAGAGCAGGAAGAAAUGGAGGUGGAGGGUGGUGGUGAGGAGGAGGAAUUUGAGACAGACGGGGUGGGAGGGGGCACACUUACUGGCUCCUUUGGCACCCCACCGGACAGCCCUGGCAAUCCCCUCAACUUCACAGGCUUCUUCGGACCUGGUGAAUUUGACCCUUCUGUGGAUGUGUAUGCCAUCAAAAGCCAUGACAAUGCCCCAAGAAAAGAGGUGUACUUCAUGGCCAUCAUUGACAUCCUCACACACUAUGACGCUAAGAAGAAAGCUGCACAUGCUGCCAAAACUGUCAAACAUGGGGCUGGGGCUGAGAUUUCCACGGUCAACCCAGAACAGUACUCUAAAAGAUUCUUUGAAUUCAUGUCUAAUAUCCUGUCGUAGUACCAUUCUCCCCUCCAUUUCCUCACCCUCACCCACCCAUACAUAGUCCUGCUCACGUCACCCUCCCACCAUGCCCUUAACUCCCUAUCCUGGAGACCGGUGGACAUAAAGUAUGGGCAGAACAACUGUUAUGAUGUCUGAGACUGGGAUGCACCCAGGGGCUGGAUUGUUUCUAAAGCGAGGUGACUCUCCCCCUUCCCCCUUCCUCAUGCCAGCAGCACUGGAACUCUGUCACUAAUGCCUUGGAAGAGUAUCUUUUGGCUCCAGCAGUAAGAGUCUAUGUUUGUUUUCAUUUUUUCUGUUUCCAUUUAUGUUAUUAUUCCUAUUUGUUACCUGUUUUAUAUCACAUACUCAUGCACACACUUGUGCAUAUAAAUACAGACACACAUAUACCACAUACACAUAUGCACACAUAUACACAAUGCAUGAAUCCAUUGACUAAGUCGUCAGGUCCCUAACAGUCAGUUACCAUGACAAAGUCCAGAAUUUCUGUGAGAACUGCAGACAGUAGACACAAAGCAAUCAACUAAAUAAAAAAGAAAUAUAGAACAUAUACACAUAAUGGUGCAUGUCUGAAAUGUUAAUGACUCCACUGUCAGUCAAAACACCGCCAACAACCAUCCAACUCAACCUUUAAGCACUAUUUCGUAAUUACAAAGAGAAAAUGGUUUUCAUUGAAAGUGUUUGAAUGUUAAGAUGCCAUGUGUUUGUAAACAUUUUGAAACAGCCUCCACUUUUUUCAGCAAACAAGUUGAAUUCUGGUAAGAAAUUG